UAGCUGUGUAAGGUGAUGGAGAGAGCCGGCCAUGUUAACAUCGCAAUGAUGGAAGACAUCAGCACCGCAAGGAUGGGUCAGUCAGAAGUUGGUGCAGCCACGGACUGGAACCAGCAACCAUGUGGUUCUACCGUAAGCUUCCACAACGUCCACUACAAAGUGCAGCUAAAGAGCGGCCCUAUUUGCCAGAGAAAAAUGAACCCCAUGCAAAUACUAAUGGAUCUCAAUGGGAUUAUGAGACCUGGCUUGAAUGCUAUUCUUGGACCAACUGGAAGUGGAAAAUCUUCGUUCCUGGAUAUUUUAGCUGCAAGAAAAGAUCCCAUCGGUCUUUCAGGGGAGGUUCUUAUUGACGGAGCACCACAGCCUCCAAACUUUAAGUGUCUCUCUGGUUAUGUAGUCCAGGAAGACAUUGUGAUGGGCACCCUGACUGUGAGGGAGAACCUCAGGUUUUCUGCAGCACUGCGGCUCCCUGGCUCAGUCUCACAGAGGGAGAAGGAGGUGCGAGUCAACCACCUCCUCAAAGAACUGGGCCUCACCAAAGUGGCUGACUCCAAGGUGGGCACACAGAUGACUCGGGGGAUCUCAGGAGGUGAGAGGAAAAGAACAAGCAUUGGUAUGGAGUUGAUCAUUGAUCCUGCAGUCCUGUUUUUGGAUGAACCGACCACAGGCCUGGAUGCUAGCACAGCUAACUCUGUCCUCCUGCUGCUGAAAAGAAUGGCCAGCCAUGGAAGAACGAUAAUCAUGUCCAUCCAUCAACCUCGCUACUCCAUCUACAGACUCUUUGACUCUCUGACCCUAUUGGUCAGUGGGAAAAUGGUUUAUCACGGUCCAGCUCCAAAUGCGCUGGACUACUUUGCCAACAUAGGCUAUUCCUGUGAGCCUCACAACAACCCAGCUGACUUCUUCUUGGAUGUUAUCAAUGGAGACUUUACUGCUACAACCUCAACCAAAGGCCACAACUCUGAAGAGUUGGACUUUGAGAUGUGGAGCUCAGCCAGGAGGAACAUCAAGGAGCACUUGGUGGCGGAGUACAGGAGCAGCAGCUACUGCAGCGACACUCGUGCUGAGUUAAAGCGCAUCUCCCAGAAUAAGGAGUGUAAUUCACAAACCAAGUCUCGCAUCAUCACCUACAACAGUUCGUUUGCUCAGCAGCUGCGAUGGGUUCUUCAAAGAACCUUCCAGAACCUCAUGUUGAACCCCCAAACAUCUGUAGCUCAGCUGACCGUCAACAUCUUCCUGGCUUUCAUCGUUGGAGCCAUUUUCUUUGGAGUCAAGGAUGACCAGAGUGGCAUCCAGAAUAGGAUGGGUGCCCUCUUCUUCAUCACUACCAACCAGUGUUUCAGCACCGUGUCUGCAGCCGAGCUCUUCAUCUCUGAGAGGAAGCUGUUUGUGCACGAGUACAUCAGCGGCUACUACAGGGUAUCGGUCUACUUCCUGUCUAAGAUCCUGUCCGACAUCACCAUGCGCACCGUCACCUCACUGAUCUUCAGCCUCAUUGUCUAUUUUAUUAUUGGUCUGAAGUCAACAGUGGCAGCUUUUCUUAUCUUCACACUGACGGUGACUUUAGUGGCCUACACAGCCACCGCUAUGACCAUGGCCAUCUCUGCUGACCAGAGCGUGGUGGCGCUCGCCAACAUCCUCAUGACCAUCACCUUUGUCUUCAUGAUGAUCUUUUCUGGCCUGUUGGUGAACCUCCCCAGCAUCAUGGAUUGGCUCGCUUGGUUGAAGUACUUCAGCAUUCCCCGUUACGGUCUUGCAGCCUUGAAGAUCAACGAGUUUGUUGGGUUGAAGUUUUGUGAGGAGCAUAUCAUCCAGCUCGCCAACUCGUCAGCAGGAAUAAUCAACUGCACCGUGACGACGGCCGGUCAGACAUGUACCGGAGAGCAGUAUCUGGACUACCUGGGGAUAGAAUACAGCUCCUGGGGUCUGUGGGAGAAUCACGUGGCUUUGACUGUCAUGAUGGUCAUCUUCCUCAUCGUCGCAUAUUUGAAGCUCAGAUUCAUCCAGAAGUUCUCCUAAUAUUUGGAUUUGAGUUUUGGUUCCCUUCACGUUUCAAAGCAUGUUUAGAUUCAAAGUUAAAAAAAACAUUUAAGGUUCAAGAAUACACAGAAAUUCUGUUAAAACAUGGUUCUAAUGUUUAGAUCAUUUAUUUCGAUUUUG